AUGUAUCAAUACAACAAUCCACAGAAUAACGGAAAUGCAAGUCCAUUGCCUUCAGCGAGGAUGCCAACAAGACCUCGAUUCAAUACAGGCGAAGAGUAUUCGAUGCAGCAGACAUCCUACAGUAGUAAUGCUUCUACAGUGACUCCAGGAUAUAAUUCAGCCAGUGAUAACACAUUGGGCUAUUACGAGUCAUCCAUUCCAGGCAGUAACACUAUGCAGCAACCUUUAUUAGGCACACCAAAUGGCAGUGCCAUGUCUUCUUCCAUCGGUGGUGCAAGUCCUGGAGGUGGUGGAGGAGGAGGAGCAAGAUUUGGCUCGCCUCCUUCUAACAUGAUUGGUGGCGGACCUGGCGAUUUUGGCAUCGCUCCCAGAAGACAGCAGCGAAGAUACAAAACAAUUCGAAAGGUCAAAUUGACGGGUGGUAAUUUGAUUUUGGAUAACCCUGUGCCCAACAAGUAUCUGCAACGAGUGAAACGAAAAGAUCAAAAUGAAUUUACACACAUGAGAUACAUCGCUGCUACAUGUGAUCCAGCAGACUUUCAAAAGGACGGCUAUACACUUCGACAAAACUUGAUGCACAGAGAGACUGAAUUGUUCAUUGUCCUCACUAUGUAUAACGAGGAUGAAGUGCUAUUCUGUAGAACCAUGAACGGUGUCAUGAAGAACAUUUCUCAUCUUUGUUCUCGUAACAGAUCCAAGACAUGGGGUCCUGAAGGAUGGAAAAAGGUAGUUGUGUGUAUUGUGUCUGAUGGGCGUACAAAGAUCCACCCACGCACGUUAUCUGUGCUUGCAGCAAUGGGUGUCUAUCAAGACGGUUUAGCCAAGAACAUUGUGGAGGGCAAGCCAGUAACUGCUCAUAUUUACGAGCAUACAACGCAGAUAUCUGUAGAUUCCGAAAUGAAUUUCAGAGGAACAGAAAAGGGCGUGGUGCCAGUACAAGUCCUGUUCUGUCUCAAGGAAAAGAACCAAAAGAAGAUUAAUUCGCAUCGUUGGUUCUUUCAAGCAUUCGGCCCUUUAUUGAGGCCAAAUGUCUGUGUCUUGCUGGAUGUGGGCACAAAACCUGGAGGAAGAUCUAUUUAUAACCUAUGGAAAUCGUUUGAUAUUAACCGUAAUGUCGCUGGUGCUUGUGGUGAAAUUAAAGCCAUGCUGGGUACGGCUGGUGUGCAACUGUUGAAUCCCUUGGUGGCCUCUCAGAACUUUGAGUACAAAAUGUCCAAUAUCCUUGAUAAACCUUUGGAGUCCGUAUUUGGUCAUAUUUCUGUGUUGCCUGGUGCCUUCUCAGCCUAUCGAUAUACAGCUCUGCAAAAUGACAUGCAUGGCGAGGGCCCACUUGAAAAGUACUUUUUGGGUGAAAAGAUGCAUGGUAGUGAUGCCGAUAUCUUUACCGCCAACAUGUAUCUCGCUGAGGAUCGUAUCUUGUGUUAUGAACUCGUGGCCAAGAAGAAUGCUGCGUGGGUGCUUCAUUAUUGUUCUAAUGCCUCUGGCGAAACAGAUGUGCCUGACACUGUACCAGAAUUCAUCUCUCAGCGUCGUCGUUGGCUGAAUGGUUCCUUCUUUGCCGGUUUAUACUCGAUGGUGCAUUGGCGCAAGGUCUGGAGCUCAGAUCACAACAUUUUCCGUAAGCUUGUCUUUAUGUUCAACGACUUGUAUCAACUGUACAAUCUCGUGUUCUCUUGGUUUGCGAUCGGUAACUUUUAUUUGGUAUUCUACAUCAUGACCACCUCCAUUACUCGUGUCCCCAAUCCUCCCUACAGCGAGAAUGCUGGCACCAUCGUGCAUACGGUACUCAAUUAUAUCUACGUCUUGCUGCUGAUCCUGCAAUUUAUCAUUGCGAUGGGUAAUCGUCCUCAAGGUUUCAAGUGGGCUUACACGAUGAUCAUUGUCUUUUUUGCGUUACUGAUGGGAUAUGUCAUGUUCUGUACCAUCUGGAUCACAGUGCGAGGUGUACAAGGCGCUGUUCAAGUGGCUGCAGCCGAAGCCGGUAAAGGUCUUAAUGAGCAGGUUCUUGCGCUCAUCAAGCAAAGCACGUUCCGAAAUGUCAUCAUCUCCGUGUGUUCCACCUAUCUCAUGUACUUUGUCGCAAGUUUCUUGUUUUUGGAUCCAUGGCACAUGUUUACCAGUCUUUUGCAAUACAUCUUCAUGUCGCCUAGCUAUAUCAACGUGCUCAAUAUUUAUGCAUUCUGUAACACACACGAUGUCUCUUGGGGUACCAAAGGUGAUAACGGCGUCUCAACUGAUUUAGGUGUCGUAAAAGGAAAAAAGACCAAAGAUGGUGAGCAUGAAGUCGAAGUGGCUGUGCCUACCGAGCAAAAGGAUUUGAAUGAGCAAUACGAUGAAGCCUGUCUUGAUUUGAAAGCGGUGGUGAUACCCGAAGUGACAAAACGUGAUGCCAAAACUAAACAAGAAGAUUACUAUCGUUCAUUUAGAACCAAGCUGGUUACUGUGUGGAUCUUUACCAACAUGGUGCUCGUUACCAUUAUCACCAACGGACAAGAUGUCUUUAGCUGGUUUGGCAAUUACAAUGACAGAGCAACUGCUUAUUUGGGUUUUAUUCUGUGGUCUGUUGCUGGUCUAUCUGCGGUGAGAUUUGUUGGUGCAUGUCUUUACUUGUUCCUCAAGAUCUUUACAGGAUAA